CAUUCUAUGCUCCGUACGCUUGUCUUGGGAUCCAACUUACAAUUCGCUGUAUUCUUAAAUCGUAAUAUCUUCAUGCAGAACAACUACAGACUAUGUCUCCUCAAAUCGUGCUGAUGACUGGCUGCUCAUCGGGUAUAGGUCUAGCUACAGCCAAACUUCUUGCUCUCGACACCGAUCAGCGAUACAUCGUCAUCGCUACCGUCAUUGAGAUGUCGGCAAAGACUGACCUGGAGGCCGCCGUUAAGGGCGCUCUUGACAGAACUGUUUUCAUCGAGAAGAUGGACGUCACGAACGAUGAGGAAAUUGGUACGGUAGUGGAUGGCACCCUCAGAAAGUAUGGCAGAAUCGACGUACUCCUAAACGUAGCUGGGAUAGUUAUGUCCGGAAUUCCCGAAUACGUCACGCGGGAACGUAUGGAGCAGAUCUUCAACGUGAAUGUUUUCGGGGUAAUACGACUCACUCAAGCCGUUUUACCUCUUAUGAAAACGACGAAAACUGGAAAAAUAAUAAUAGUUUCGAGUGCAUGGGGAAAAAUGGCUUCGCCAUAUGCGGAGGUCUACUGCUCUACUAAAUUUGCAGUUGAGGGAUAUUUCGAGGGUCUAGCGGCAGCGUUACGUUCAUUUAAUAUCAGGGUUUGUCUGGUAGAGCCCGGUAAAGUAAGCACCGGCUUCGUUGACCAAUUCCACGUCGGACUUGUCUCAGGAGCCCAAGACGACACCGUAUACGACAUCGAUCGUCGUCAACUCCGUCAUCUGAAUGACCACGUAAAGGCAGCGCCGGGUGUCACGCCCGACGCGGUCGCCGACGCGAUAAAGACACGGUGUCUGGACGUCGACGAGCCCGUUCUCAGACAUCUUCUACCCGUUGAAGUUCGUGAUGCAGUCCCAGCCGUGGCAGCCAACAUUACCGGCGAGACCGUCAUCGGCAUCUUGAGGAAGUCUAUUGGAAAUUAAGUUUAAAUGGAUCCGGUAACUUUGUCUUAGAUCAUUUAAACGAAUCCUUGAAUUAGCUCAUGCUGCAAUGGUAAUUACAAACCUUGAGAUCAGUCAGGAACCCCAUGACUGAUUAUCAAGAUAUUUAUGAUUGAAAAUCGAAAUCAAAUUUUGCUUUUGCCAAAGGGUUUUCUCAACACUAUAGUCUAUUAGGAAAAACGAGUAUGGUAAAACCGGUCACUCAAAGGUUUUUACUUUUUUGAGGCACUUCUUGAUCAUUUUGAAGCGCAAUUGUUUUAGGGCUUUAAUAUAACACCAUAUCACAGCCACUGAUAACACGUAAGGCCUUGCUUCUCAGAUUUUACAUUUGUAAACGAUCUCUUUAAAUCUUUAUUGGAGUGAUUUAUUACGAAAUGCAUCUCGUAUACAUCAACAUUAUGAUUUUAAACUUUACAAUUAAAGAGAAGGUUGAGUUCUGGCGAGAGGUGAACAAUAGUUUGUCAGCGUUUUCAUUGUAAUUAUGCAAGUGUGGACGAACAUGAGAGAAAAAAUGUUCCAUAAAAAAAGUAUGGCUCUUAAAAAAAAGAUGCCUUCGUAUUCUAAAUAGUAUUCUAAAAAAGCUUAAAAAUGAACACCGCAUUUUCUUAUACCACUUGUUUGUGUAGUCCCAUAAACAUAUCUCUGUGUAUACAGCGCUUGUUACUUUUACCAAGACAAUUCUUAUCACUUCAUGAUACCGCAUUCUGUCUGCCUGGUAGUACAAAAUGGCACGAAGAAGAGUAAUGAUUUAAAUCCGUCAAUGUCCAAAGUUUAAAUCAUGUAAAACAUUUGAUGUUUACUCAACGCUACUCAUGUAUAUAUAAUGCCAUGAUUAUAAAAUGAGAUAAAGUAUUGCAUAAUACAUGAUACACUUCUUUGCUUGCUUUUUAUGAAUAAUAAUAAUAAGCAUCAGUAGGAAUGAGAGGUUGUGCUUUUUAAUUGUAGUCUGUAACUUUAACUUUAACCUGGUGCGUGCUCUCUGUAUUAAUUUUUCUUCUUGAUGAAAGUUUUCUUUAAUCUCCGAUCGUCUCUUUUCAUCUUAUGUAAUCUUUUAAGAUUUGUAUUAGACAGCUAGUCGUUUAAUCUUUUUCAUGCAUGUUAGAAAUGUGUACGUUUCAGGUCCUAUCUAUUUUAUUAUAUGAUGGCGGAAUUUUGUAUGCAAGUUUGAGAGAUUGAGAGGUUAUAAUUAUGAUUUAAAAGAAGCACAGCCCUCAAAUCAUGACUACCUAUUUUGUAAGGGACACACUUGGUAUAGAUAAAUAAAGAUAGACAAGUGAGUUUGUAUCACUA